CUGCCUUCUAGAUAGUGCCACUUCUUCACCGUACAAAUCCAUCUCCCAAUUAUUAAUUAAACUUAAUAAACUCCAUUUAGUGCUUCAAAAGAGGAAAUCUCACACACACACACACACACGAACCCAAACCCAGUCAGUGGUCAGUGUCACGCUUCUCUCGCCUUAUAAAGUAGUAUAAAAAUUCACAGCUCUCGAUUCUGGAUCUCUUUCCGUUUCUUCUUCCACUCAAUAACACGCACACUCUGUUUUCUGAAUCCUAAUCUGAACCCUAGUGAUCGAGGAAAAUGGUUUACACCGUCUCGGGGAUUCGGUUCCCCUCGGUUCCUUCGUUGCAGAAAUCGUCGCAGCUGAGCUUCCACGAUCGAAGGAGCGCUUCGUUCUCAUUUCUCCUGAACAGGAACUCCUUCUCUCUAUGUAUUUAGGGAGACAAACAAUAUUAAGAUAUUCUUGGUUGGUAACUUUAGUGAGGACAUAAAGUGUGUUGCUAGUGCUUUUGUAGAAGGGACAAGUUCAUGUCAUACGGGCUGAAGAGCUUUUGUUCUUUUACACUUUUGGGCUAUCGGGGAAUGAUUCCGCAAUUGGUGUAUCUGGGUUGGUUCCCUAGGAGGCAGAUGAGCUGUUUGACAUGGUAGCAGAGUGUCCACAAGGACAGUGGUAUCACUCUCCAAGAUGCUGUAUGGGGUACUUUUGAAAGGAUCAAAUCACCUUUUAGACCCCGAUCCAGAUAAGAGAGAAUAGUUCCCACGGAGGUCCCUUGACUGAUCUUGGGGGAAAAGUCUCGCUGUAAAAUGUUCCCAUGAUUCUGACUUGUCAUCUUCCACGGUUGCUGAAUCUGAUAAAGUACUUAUUCCUCAAGGUCACGAUAACUCUUCAACCACGACUGAUGAAGUUGAAGCUCCUGAUAUAACUUCAGAGGAUCCGCAGAAAAUACAAGAGUUAACCAUGAAAGGUGAGAAAAUUGAUUAUGAAGCAGUUAGCACUGACAAAGAUGACAAGGAUGGGCAAGGUCAUGUUUUGUCAUCACAUGUGGAUGUUGACACCAAUACUCAAGCUGAGAAUACAUCAGUAUCUAUAAACAAGAAAGUGAAGGUCGAAAGUGAGGAAGCUAGACCAAAGAUCAUUGCCCCACCUGGCACUGGUCAUAAAAUAUAUGAGAUUGAUCCAUCUUUGCAAGCUCACCGUGCUCAUCUUGACUUCCGUUAUGGACAAUAUAAGAGAUUGCAUGAAGAAAUUAACAAGUAUGAAGGUGGUCUGGAUGCAUUUUCUCGUGGUUAUGAAAAAUUUGGCUUCACCCGCAGUGCUACAGGCAUUACUUACAGAGAGUGGGCACCUGGAGCAACGUCAGCAGCAUUAAUUGGAGAUUUCAACAACUGGAAUCCAAAUGCAGAUGUAAUGACUCGGAAUGAAUUUGGUGUGUGGGAGAUCUUCUUGCCAAACAAUGUGGAUGGUUCACUGCCAAUUCCUCAUGGUUCUCGAGUCAAGAUCCGCAUGGAAACUCCGUCUGGAAUCAAAGAUUCAAUCCCUGCUUGGAUAAAGUUCUCUGUACAGGCUCCUGGUGAAAUUCCAUAUAAUGGUAUAUACUAUGAUCCACCAGAAGAGGAAAAAUAUGUCUUCAAAUAUCCACAGCCAAAGAGACCAAAAUCACUUAGAAUAUAUGAAUCACAUGUUGGAAUGAGUAGUUCGGAACCAAAAAUCAAUACGUAUGUCAACUUUAGAGAUGAAGUGCUACCUCGCAUUAAAAGGCUUGGCUAUAAUGCUGUCCAGAUUAUGGCUAUUCAAGAGCAUUCUUAUUAUGCUAGCUUUGGGUACCAUGUUACAAAUUUCUUUGCACCUAGCAGCCGGUUUGGAACUCCGGAUGAUCUCAAGUCUCUCAUAGACAAAGCCCAUGAAUUAGGCCUGCUUGUUCUGAUGGAUAUUGUACAUAGUCAUGCAUCAAAUAAUACACUGGAUGGGCUGAACAUGUUUGAUGGAACUGAUACUCAUUACUUCCAUGGUGGGUCACGAGGUUAUCAUUGGAUGUGGGAUUCUCGUCUUUUUAACUAUGGAAGCUGGGAGGUUCUAAGGUAUCUGCUUUCAAAUGCAAGAUGGUGGCUGGAAGAAUAUAAGUUUGAUGGGUUUCGAUUUGAUGGUGUCACAUCAAUGAUGUAUACUCAUCAUGGAUUGGGGGUUGGUUUUACUGGAAAUUACAAUGAGUACUUCGGUUUUGCAACUGAUGUUGAUGCUGUGGUUUACCUGAUGCUGGUUAAUGAUGUCAUUCAUGGGCUCUUUCCUGAAGCUAUUACUAUUGGUGAAGAUGUCAGUGGAAUGCCAACAUUUUGCCUUCCUACACAAGAUGGUGGGGUUGGCUUUGACUACCGCCUGCACAUGGCCAUAGCAGACAAGUGGAUUGAGAUUCUCAAGAAGAAAGAUGAAGACUGGGAAAUGGGUGAUAUAGUUCACUCUCUCACAAACAGAAGGUGGCUAGAAAAAUGUGUAGCAUAUGCUGAAAGUCAUGACCAAGCUUUGGUUGGGGACAAGACAAUUGCAUUUUGGUUGAUGGACAAGGAUAUGUAUGACUUCAUGGCCUUAGAUAGACCAUCUACUCCUCUCAUAGAUCGUGGUAUAGCACUACACAAGAUGAUUAGGCUUAUCACAAUGGGUCUUGGUGGGGAAGGGUAUUUGAAUUUUAUGGGGAAUGAAUUUGGCCAUCCUGAAUGGAUUGAUUUUCCAAGGGGUGAUCAACAUCUUCCUACUGGUGCAGUAAUUCCCGGGAAUAAUUACAGUUAUGAUAAAUGUAGGCGUAGAUUUGACUUGGGGGAUGCAGACUAUCUUAGAUAUAGGGGGAUGCAAGAAUUUGAUCAAGCUAUGCAGCAUCUGGAAGAAAGGUUUGGUUUCAUGACUUCUGAGCACCAAUAUAUUUCUCGGAAACAUGAGGGUGACAAAGUUAUAGUGUUCGAAAGGGGCAAACUUGUAUUUGUCUUCAAUUUUCAUUGGUACAACAGCUAUUCAGAUUACAGAGUUGGAUGCUUAAACCCAGGGAAAUACAAGAUUGUCUUGGAUUCAGAUGAUCCCUUGUUUGGUGGCUUCAAUAGACUCAAUCCCACAGCCGAGUACUUCACCUCUGAUGGAUGGUAUGACGACCGACCCCGAUCUUUUCUCGUGUAUGCACCUUCUAGAACAGCUGUGGUGUAUGCCCUCGCAGAUGAAGCUGAACCAGAGCCAAAGCUAAAACCAGUUGAAGUGCUAGUGAUGGAACCAGAGCUAGAGCCAGAGCCAAAGCAAGUGCUAGAGUCAGAGUCAAAGCCAGAGCCAGUUGAAGCAGAAGUUGAACCCUGAUGACUAUUUUCUGGGACAAAUGUGACUAGUGCUGCAUGGCAUGUAUGCGAUAACAACUCCAAGUCAAACUAGCCAACAAAUAUAUCUGUCGGUAACGCUGAAAAGCUAAGAAGCUGAAGUAAAAAAGUCGGAAUAUCGUUCAUUGUGAACCGCUAUUUAAUCUUAAGCGAGGCAGCAUAGUAACGUGAAAAUCUUGUACUUGUGCCUUGCUAGGUAAAAUUAUGCAUAGCACGCAGAGUUUUAUGUUUUUACUUUUUAGGGUUUUAUGUUUGACCUCUACGGAUCGUAUCACAUUUGAGGAAUGUGAAUCAGCAAAACAUCUGUCCACGACCCUCACUGUACCCGAGCAGCAUUCACCAAUCAAUCGUUCCUAAUUGCAAAGGUACCGAGGGAUCUUACCCUGAAAAAUUUUGCGAGAGGCUUUUGCUUUUGUAAAUGUCUCCGUCACAUUUAGUUGAGUUGUAGCAAUAAGCAGUGUUUCACAUUUGAUUGGUUCAAUGCAAAAACUUUUAUGCUUGUGCAAACAAAAGUAAAUCAUAUUCGUUCACCAAGGAAAAGUUGCUUA